CAAAUCCGUGUAAGUUGAAGUUUAACAAUUUAACUGAUUUUCCUAACAAGGACUUGGUUCUUUACUUUUCCAAAAAGCAUUUCAAUUCCACCUUGCACGGUUCCAUCCCCACCCACGUUGCUUCAAAAUUUGGUCGACCAAUUCUAAGUAGUUAUCACUUAACAAGCCCUUCCACUUUACACAUGUAAAUAUCUAUCUAUAUGUUCUAUUAUCUUCUUCUCCAAGUCUCCAUGAAUUCCUCUUUAGCCUCCUCCUUACGCUUCUCUCAUUAUUCAUCAUUUUCUCUGCUUUAACAAUUCUCUUCUCUAAGCUUUUUUAUUCUUGUCUUUAUUUGUUAGUCACUGAAGUCUCUAUGACCUACGUACCACUUUGAUUCAUUUUGUUUUAACUUAAAUUACAAUGGCAAUUGAGUUGUGUUCAUCUGACGAUUCAAGUUUGGGCAUAAUGAGUCCAGCUCGGAUCUCCUUUUCUCAUGAUGUUUCACAGACUGGCUCUGUUCCUGUCGAACAAUAUAUUCGAUCAACUUCACCUUCCUCUAGCAUUGAUUUUGAUUUUUGUGUGUUUCGUGAAAGCUUUGAUCUUGAAUCUUCUUCUGCUGAUGAACUUUUCUUUGAUGGGAAGAUUCUUCCAAUUGAAAUCAAGAGAAGAAUUUCCUCUGUUCAGCCAAGAAAAACAGAGCAACAAAUGUCACCGCCACCACAUCCUCUGCCUCCAUGCAAUACUACUCUUCAUUGUGGCAAAAUGUCGAACAAUGAAUAUGCAAUCCAAAAUAAUAAAACAGGGGUUGUUGAAUCAUCAGAUGAAAAACAGAAUCCUAAUUCCAAUUCCAAGUCGUUUUGGAGAUUCAAGAGAAGUAGCAGCUUAAAUUGUGGAAGUGGCUAUGCAAGAACUUUGUGUCCAUUACCACUUUUAUCUCGAAGCAAUUCAACUGGUUCAUCUCCAAGUGUGAAGCGCAAUUCAACAUUAUCAAAGGAUAAUUUAAAGCAUCAUUCACAGAGACACUUUUCAAAAUCAAUGUCUUCUAAUGGUUCAAGCAGUCAAAAGCCUCCAUUGAAGAAGGCACCAUACAACAAUGGAGUUAAAUUCAGCCCAGUACUAAAUGUACCUUCAGCAAAUUUGUUUGGAUUAAGCACUUUCUUUUCCAGUGGCAAGGAAAAGAACAAGAAGAAGUGAUUAAAGAAUAAGUAACAUUUGCUUUAUUAGUUUCCAAAAUUAGUAAGGUGUGGUUAAGUUGUUUUUGCUCACUUUUUCCUUAGAUUAAUUAACAUGAUUGAGAUUUGAGAGGAAACAAAAAAAAAAAAAAGAUAACUGGGGCCAAAAGCAUGGAGCAUAAUUCAUUCCAUGCCACAUGCUUUUUUUUUAAAAAGAAAAAAACAGGUAACAUUUGCUAUCAGAUGGCAAAGAGGAAAGGCCCUGUCCCUAUUAUGCUUUUUAUUUGUUUUUGUGCUUUUGGUUUGCCUUACACAUGCAUGUAACUAUAUAGAUAUGUCAUUCCAAUAUGGUUCUUUGCUUUUCCUUUA